AUGUCCGGCGAUACGUGUGUAACAUCAGCGGGAGGGGCGACCCAGCUUUUUGCGUCAGCUCUUAACUUCCUGGCGGCAACGCAAUGUAUAUUGCCUGACAGCGCGUGUUCAUAUAACGACGAAGUUGCUAAUUGGGAGACCUUCGACUUCAUAGUUGUAGGAGGAGGGUCAGCUGGCAGUGUUGUAGCAAAUCGACUCAGCGAAGUAUGUGAUUGGAAAGUUUUGCUUCUUGAAGCGGGCCCUGAACCACCCUUAGAAGCCGAUAUACCUCGGUUAUACAGAACGUUGUCUAAAACUAAGUAUGAUUGGCACUAUAUUACAAAAAGUAAUGAAGACAAACAACAAGCGUUGAAAAAUAGUGCAGUGCCAUGGUUACGUGGAAAAAUGCUUGGAGGUACAAGUUCUAUUAAUGCUAUGUUGUAUGUAAGAGGAAGCGAUUAUGACUUUCAGUCAUGGUUUGACGAAGGAAAUCCAAGCUGGUCGCCGGAAAAUGUUAAUUAUUAUUUUAAAAAAGCAGAAAACCUUCAGGACAUCAAACUUAGCACAGACGACAUUAUAUAUGAUACCUAUGGGCAUGAAGGUCCACUGGUUGUUAACAGCUAUAAUACAACUAAUGAAGAGGUCAUUCAAAAUGUUCUAGACUCUUAUGAUUACAUUGGAAUUAAAAAAGUACCUGAUAUUAACGCAGUCAGGUUCCAAGGACAUGGCGUUUGUGGAAAAUCAAGAGUGACGGCGCGAAAUGGAGUUAGAGAGAGCACCUACAGAGCCUAUCUGAAGAAAGCACAGAAUAGAAGCAAUCUAAAAAUUAUCACAAAUGCUUUCGUGACAAAAAUAUUGGUAAAUGAAGAAGCAAAAGCUUAUGGGGUCGAGGUUGAUAUAAAUGGGAAACGAAAAAAUGUUUUGGUUAAACUUGAAGUUAUUCUUAGUGGUGGAGCUAUUAAUACACCACAAAUAUUAAUGUUGUCUGGUAUUGGUCCUAAAGACCACCUUUUGUCUAAAAAUAUACCAUGUAUAGUAGACUUGCCAGGUGUUGGCAAAAAUUUGCAAGAUCAUCUCUCUAUUCCUAUCCCUAUUUAUGUAGAUGAAUCAGAAGCCGAAGAUAUAGCUGACCAAAUGUUCGACGUUGCAAAAUAUUUAUACAACAAAACAGGAUAUUUGGCACAUGUGUUUUUAUCAGAUGCAAUUGCUUUCUUUUCUCGAAGUAAAGAAAUGAAAUAUCCAGAGUUCCAAAGUCAUUUUGCAAUAUACCGGAAAAAUACUACAGUUCGGCAAUUUAUUGACGUAUAUACAGAUGAUGUGCUAAAUUCUUUAAUACGUCAUAUUUCACAUAAGUCAUUAUUUAGUCAUAAUUUCAAUGUAUUGCACCCACACUCGAGAGGAAAAAUUUAUUUAAAUACGUCAAAUCCAUACGAUUAUCCCAUUAUUGAUGCCAAUUAUUUAGGUGACGAAAGAGAUAUUGAAGACUCAGUUGAUGGUAUAAAGAUACUUACCAAAAUAAUAGACUCUCCGUACUACAAAUCUAUUAACGCCUUUAUUCCUAGAAUAGAAAUUCCACAAUGUAACCAAUACGAAUUCCUCAGUGACCUUUACUGGAGAUGUUACGUGAUACAUAUGACAAGUACAAUGUCUCAUCCAGUUGGUACAGCUAAAAUGGGACCGUCAUCAGCAGAUUCAGUAGUAGAUAACUUUUUGAAAGUUCAUGGCGUAAGAGGUUUACGAGUUAUAGAUGCCAGUGUAAUGCCAUUUGAAACUAGCGGUAAUACUAAUGCUCCCACUAUAAUGAUCGGAGAAAUGGGUUCCGACAUGAUUAAGGAUGAGUACUUGGGAAAAAGCUUAUCGGAGGAUGACAUUUAUAAUUGA